AUGUCGAAACGAAAACGAUUUGAACAAGACCGCGAAGAGGAUUUGAGAGAUUUCGAAGAUUUAGACGACGAAGCAGCCCGGAGAUUCAAAGAUAAACAUUCCUUAGAUAGUGACGAAGAAGAUGAAAACACUGGAAAAUAUGACAUUUUGGACGAAGAUGAUAUUGAAGGCCAAGAAGAUGGCACCAUGGAUUUUGAUGGAGAAAUACAAAUAACACCCUUCAACAUGAAAGAAGAACUAGAGGAAGGACAUUUUGAUAAACAGGGAAUGUAUAUCCAUGAUAAGAAGCAGGGCAUUAAAGACAGCUGGAUAGAAAAUAUAGAUUGGGUUAAAAUAAAGGAAAGAACAAAAAAAGAUGAAAAUGAUGAUGAUGAAUCUGACGAGGAAACACCAUUAGAUGAAACAGAGAUUUACAAAGAACUUUUAAAUCUUCUAAAACCAGGGGAGACAAUCUUAAAAGCAUUAAGGAGAUUGGGAGCAAAAGGCGAGAAACUCUCUGCAAGUCAACGUCUAAAGCUGAAAAAACAAAAAGUUGAACUUAAAGAUGUUCAGUCAGAAGAAGAUAAGAUAAAUUUUGAAAAAUUGACUGAAUUGGCCAAUAGACUGAUCUCUAAUGGGAAUAUGGAUGCAUAUGAAUUAACAUGUGAAAAGUUAAACUUUCUUGUUACUAAGGCAACAAAAUCAUCAGAAGAAUCACGGACGGUUAUUCCUGAAGGUAUUGAUGAUGACGAUGCAUUAGAUAUGUUUGCUGAUAGUAUUGAUUCCAAAAAAGAGGAGAAAUCAGUGAAGUUUUCUGACGAAACUAAAUCAGAUAUUGUUGGGAAGUCUGAAACAAAGGAAGAUAAAGGAGGAGGAGGAGACACCAAAGAUGAUUCAAAUGAGGUCAAGUGGGAAUAUAAAUGGGAAAAUGAAGAUAAAGAAGAAAUCCAUGGUCCAUACACUAGUCAACAGAUGUGUGAUUGGGCAGAAGAGGACUACUUUCCUGAUGGAGUCUUUGUUAGAAAAGUGGGAGCAGAUGGACAAUUUUAUAACUCUAAAAGAAUUGAUUUUGAAUUAUAUACGUAAAAUGAAAGUAUUAAUCAAUUAUCUUUACAACCAUGUUAUCAUUAAAUCAUGUGUCAAUUUAAACAUAACCUAAUAAAUUGUUUAAUAAUUA